AUGGCUGCAACAGUAGACGUAACCGAUGCGCAGUUGGCGCAACAAAAAUUCAUGGAAGAAGCCGCGAAGCGUAAAAGGGCUGACGGAAUGGCUCAAUUCCAAGAGUUGCACUUUAGUAGUGAAGAUCGGCUUCGACAUUUGGUAGAUGAUCCCUUUGCCGACCAUGCGGCGCUCGACAAACUGCCUUGGCCUAUCAAGUCAGGGGAUCGUAUCAAAUUUCUGAUAUUGGGUGCUGGAAUGGGAGGCAUUCUCAACGCUGUCAGACUCAUACAACAUGGCUUUCAUGCAGAACAAAUUCGCAUAGUGGAAGUUGCUGGAGGGAUAGGUGGGACAUGGUACUGGAAUCGGUAUCCGGGACUGCACUGCGAUGUCGAGGCUUACGUCUAUCUGCCAAUGCUGGAGGAGACAGGAUACAUGCCGUCCAAAAAAUACGCCUCCGGCAAGGAGAUCCGCUCUUACUUGGUCAAUCUGGUGAAGCAGUUUGGCCUCGAGGAUAGGAUAAUGUUCCGCACGCAGGCAAAUGGAGUUCAGUGGAGCGAAGAGCUACGCGCUUGGAGGGCCGAUUUGGCUACAAGACACGGUGCAAGUGGCAAAGAGGAAACUCAAUUUUCGAUCGACGCCGAAUUCGUGCUGCUUGCCACCGGCCUAUUUCCACGACCGCAAGUGCCGAAGCUGCCUGGAUUAACAGGCUUCGAGGGCGUGAUGUUCCACACGGCGCGAUGGAAUUACGACGUGACCGGUGGUUCGAGUGAAACCGAGUUCCCGGUGAUGGAAAAACUGAAAGGCAAGAAAGUGGGUGUCAUAGGUACAGGUGCAACGGCUAUUCAAAUCAUACCCGAGGUUGCGAAGUAUGCAGAAGAGUUAUUUGUCUUUCAGCGAACGCCUUCUCAGGUGAACACCAGAGGUCAGAAAGAUACCAAUCCUGAGUAUUGGCAGAAAACCAUCGCUGCAAAGAAAGGGUGGCAGAAGUACCGGCAGGAGAAUUUGGCUGAGAAUAUCGCAUUGGGUGCUCCUGAAGAUCACGAAAACCUCGUCGACGAUGAAUGGAGUAAGCUCAAGGCAUACUGCGCAAUCGUAGGGAGUGAUCAAUUCGGGCAUGUCUCUCCUGAGAAAGUACCGGAGCACAUAGAAACCAUGUUAGCCCGUGACGCAGAACACAAUGCCAAGGUUCGUGCCAGGGUAGCCGAAGAAGUGCAGGAUAGGGAGACAGCCGCGGCACUCACACCGUGGUAUCCAACAUGGUGCAAGAGGCCGACAUUCAGUGAUAUUUAUUUGGACACCUACAAUAAGAGGCACGUCCACUUGAUCAACACAAACGGCAAGGGAGUCGAGAGUGCAACUCCUAACGGGAUUGUAGCAAACGGCAGAGAGUAUCCCGUUGACAUUCUGAUAUUCAGCACUGGCUAUCGAGGUCCUGGAGUCGCAAGCGGCAACCCAGCAGCGCGUACUGGAAUCGAGAUUGUUGGCCGGGGCACAAGUAUGACAGAGAAAUGGACUUCUCUUGGUCCAUCAAGCUUGCAUGGGUGUGCUACUAAUGGGUUUCCGAACCUCUUUUGGAUGGGACCAUCACAAUGCGGAGCCACCGCCAAUUUCGGCCACGUUCUUGACGUGCUAAGUACCCAUGCUGCUCAAAUUAUUAAAGCUGGUCACGACCGUGUCGGUGGCCCGCAAAAGAGUGGCGUAGUAAUAGAAGUCUCGGAAGAAGCAGAGCAGACGUGGGGCAUGCGCGUUGCCCAAGGCGCAGCAUUUCUGGGCUCUGUAUUUGUUUGCACACCAGGCUAUUUGACAAAUGAGGGUGAAGCUUUGCAGAUGUCACAAGCUCCCGAAGAGAUGAUGAAGAGUGCCAAGGCUGGCCCAUGGCCCGAUGGCAUGCUUCGAUACAUUCGAGAGCUCGAGGAAUGGAGAGCUGAUGGAAAACUGCAUGGUGUUGAGGUCAGUGUAGCUUAG